CGCAGCCAUGGCAGUUGCAGCUCCAAUCAAUGCAUGUCCGAGUGUGCCAACUCAGAUCAAACCUGGUCUUGGCAAUGGCAGCUAUGGACGUGGAAGUUCCUUAGGUGUGAAGUUUUCCUGGCCCGCCCUUGCUGCCUGUGUGGCAGCCUCGGCCACCUCAGCCACCCAACAGCAACGACCACGGUCCGGACGACACAGAUGUUUGCGGGCGCUGACUGAGAGAGAUACGGUGAAGAUGGACGGUUUCCCUGAUGAGCUCUUCUAUUUGGUGCCACGAAUCGGAGUGUACCACGUUGACGAUGCCUUUCGUGCGCAACUGACCGAGCUAUAUCGGCAGCUGAUUCCUUCCGGCAACGUGUUGGAUCUGUGCUCCCAACACGAUUCGCAUUUGCCCAGCGAGGGCGACUACACCUUGACAGUGCAUGGCAUGAACCAAUUGGAAUUGAUGGCCAACACACGCGCCAAAGAUCGCUUCACCCGAAACUUCAACGAGGAUCCCAGUCUUAGAGAACUGCCCCCAGCAUCCUUUGAUGCUGUGGUCAUGGCUGUGUCCAUUCAAUACAUGCAACGCCCAGUGGAUCUGUUGAGCGAAGCCUUUCGCGUCUUGAAACCUGGUGGUGUUUUGAUCGUCAGCUUCUCCAACCGGAUGUUCUUUACGAAGGCAAUUGAGGUCUGGCGAUCCCAGCGGAAUAUGAAGGGUUUGGUGAAUUUGGUGCUCAACUAUUUCAGAGAAUCUGGAUUUCAAGAUGUGCGAGCUGCCAAUAGGGUCCAGACCGAUGACCAAACAGCCGGAUGGCCAUCCGGUGAUCCCUUUGCUGCCGUGGUGGGUGUCAAGGAAAACAAUGCAGGUCAGAUUUGGGAGCGCGCGAAUGGCAUCUCUUGGCUUGAAAUGAAUGAAGCUGGAGUUGUUCUCUGACAGGUGCAAACCUUCUCGGGCAGCGACCUGGUGCAACAACCGUCGAAAGUUCUCUGGCGAAUUUUCGCUGGGAAUGACUUGAGCCAUCUUGAGCCAGAUUUGUUUGUUCUCACCAAGUCUGAC